AUGGUGUCCGUCAAUGAAGUUAACCAUACCGAACUGAAAGGGGAGAGCGCUAAUGAAAGUCAAGGGAAGAAUGACAUAUUUGGAGAAAUGAUCCAUCUGUAUGCAAAACCUGGAAAGUCCAGUGCAGACGUCAGAGCUUUAACGUAUUGUGAUCUGCAUAAAAUUCAAAGAGAAGAUCUCCUGGAGGUUCUGGAUAUGUAUCCAGAGUUUGCUGAUUACUUUUUGACUAAUUUGGAGCUAACAUUUAACCUAAGAGAUGACAAUUCCAAGUUCUCCUUUACCGCGGCGAUUCCCCACCACAGCUCAGAGACCCAAGGCUCAGUGGGCGUCCUCCGAUCCCGCGGGCCAAUCGGCAUCUUUUUACAACCAGGAACUCCAGAGCAGAUGUCAGCAGGCUACCGGCCUCUGGAGGACAAAGACCAGCCAAGGAAAUGUCUGUCCCUGACCUGUAGGGGUCACCAAAGAGCGACUGACUAUUCACAAAGUAAUGAUUCAGAUGAGGAGGACGGUACAGUUCGUAAAAGAAAAAAUUCCUUUAAACGCAAAACAGAGAGAGACUCUGAUGAUUAUUCCCUUUAUGCAGUGGUGAGCAGUGAAGAUAAGGAUGGUGAAACAACAAAAGAGAACCCGACAUAUUUCCAAUGUUCAAAUAAAGAUUCAGAAGAGAGGAAAGACAGCUCAUUAUCUUUUUCAACCACUGGGGAAGAAGAAACUAAGCCAUUAUGUUCUGGUAUCAUUGGAUAUCCUGCAUUUGUUAAUCCAGCUGAGAUCCAGACCAAAAGCAGACUUGAAAAACUGAGUCAUUCUUACAAAGAUCUCAGAGCUGGAGAAUGGGAGAGAAAAAAACCAAAGGAAUAUCCCGAUGAGUCAGCACAAUCUGCAGUAUCUCAAGUUGCAAGAGGUCUCUCAGAAAUUGAAAGUGACAUUAUGUAUGGGGAAGUGGAGCACAGAUUAGACUUGCUUCAGGAACAGCUAAAUAGGCUGGAAUCACAGAUGACGACUGACAUGAAAACAGUUCUUCAGAUACUGCAGCGGCAAUCCACACUAGGGCCCCCUGCUUACAGCACGGUCACUGCCAGUUCAGAGUAUCAGAGACCAGCCAUUCGAGUUCAGCCUGUUGCAGCAAUAAAAACAGACAGGAGCUUCAGCACUUCAUCACAGAGUCCAGAAGUUUUAGACUUGGAAAAGCCCACCCUAAAACCCAAAGAAUCCCUAUCCAGUGGGGUACACCUGAACACAGCAUCAGAAGAUAAUUUAAAUUCCUUUUUUGAACAGGAACGUGACCUAACAAGUCAAUUUCAUCAACAGCAGUCCAAAUCUGUUCUUCUACCAAGACAUCCUUCCCUGCCAGAUUCUUCUCCAAGUACAAUAGGAAUGUUGGGCCUGCAUAGGCACGUUUCAGAUCCUGGUCUUCCUGGGAAAUAGUCUCAACCCAAAUGACCAGCUCUGCCAUUAUUGUGGCUGUUCGUAUUCUUUACAAAUCAAAAUCCUCUUAUGUUUGACUCAGGGGUCUACAAGGAUACUGUCAUAUGCAAGAAUGCUGUAGAGAUUCCUAACCAUAACCUAUAAAGUUAUUGUUUAUUUUAUAUUUUUUAUUUUACACUGCCAGCUAAACAAGGCACCUUAUAUGCUUGUUUCAAAACAGAAGUGCAUGCAGGGAACUGUUUUAUGUUGCAUGACAAUUUUAAUCCAAUUACUUGUUUAAAGGAGAAUCUGUUUUGGUGUUUGCAUGUAGGCAAAGUGCAUUGCUUUUUUUAAAGUUGUACAGAAUAUAAAUUACUUGAACCAAACUUUGAUAAAAGCACACAUCGAAAUCAAAGAUACCCCAGGUAUUUUACAGUCUAUUUUUUAAUUCAGUUCAUGUUUUUAACAUGGCUGAAAAAAAUAAGGGGAAAAGAACCUUAGAAUGUCAUAUCAUAAAUAUUUUAAAUAUACAGCCACUGAUGAGGCUCGCAAGUCACUGAUGCAAUAAUGUUCCUAAAACUUAAUUCAAAGGCAUCCUUCCCAUGAAGUUACAUUUUAUCUAUAACCACUAAAGUGAAAAUAACUUUACUUAGAAUGAUGUUGCACUAAUGACGACCAAUAUACAGCACAAUUGAUUCAGUGAACAUUGAAGGUCAAUAUAUAUAAUCUGAAAUUAGUAACCUGGAUCUGUUAACAGGGAAGGAAGAAAUAGAAUAACAUUUUUUUUUAAGUUUUGACCCUUGGUUAUAUACCAUUUUUGUCUCCCAUUUUUCAGUGGUUGAUAGUGAUAAAUACACAUCACAUAGAGGUCUUAUGACUUUUGUAUUGCUAAACCAGAUGUGCCACCAGGGUCUCUUAUAUUCAUAUAAUUAUUUAACAAAACUGGGUGAAUAUCAUUGCAAUAAAUAUUUCUGAAAUUACAUUGAGUAAAAAUGUGUGUUAAGAGGUGGCACUUUGAUAGGAAUGUGUCUAGUAUCUCCAUAUUUCAACAUUAUUAUAAGGACCAAUUAUUCGAGUUCGCAAAUUUAAAACAAUCAACUGCUCUUCAUAACAAGUGCUUAGAAAAAAAAAAUCGCAUGACUCUAACUUAAACCCAACUAUCUCAGUAAAUACCUGUUUGUGCAGUAUUAUCCGGCAGGCAAAAUGUAUAACUAAAAUGGGUAUGACUAUGAACUAAAGAAACUAAACAAAAGAAAACAUUUUAACAAACGUAGCAUGUUUAAACUCUUGAUUGGGGUGAGUUAUACCAGUUAAAAAAAAAAAAAAAAAAAAAAAAAAAGUGUAUGUUUCAGAAAUAUAGACAAAAACAAAAAAAAAAUUAUAAUAAUCUUACUGCCAUUUCCAAAGAAACUCAGGUUGUUUCGUUCCUUAGUUUUCCCUUUGGAACACAACUUGAAGUGUAUAGUAGAACAGGUAAGUUUGUUUUUAUGAGGUUGUAUAGGGUACUGUAAUAUCAAACAACUUCUAUACAUCUAGUAAUCCCUUUUGCAGUAUAUUUUCAUCACUUUGCAUGCACUCGUUUUAGGGCUUCCUAUGUGAAAGAAUAUGCUCGGUAUUUACUCAUAGUAUUGUUUCUGUGUAAUAAUUCCACGUUUCAGCUUGCAUAUUUUUCACAAACUCUUUGGAAAUAUUGUGUAAAUAUAAUGUGAUAAAAUACCUUUUGGAAACAGAUGGAUAACAGAUUUCAUUUAAAAAAAAUGUAAAAGUAUUUGGUUGUUGAUUUUAAUAGGUGUGAUUUUUCUGUUAUAUUUGAGCCAUUAGUUAAAUUAGAUAAUUGUCACAUCACAAAAGGUAUGGCUGUCUUUGAGGCUGUACGUGUAACAUGCUGAAUUGUUUAUUUCAAAACAUAUGUACUGUUUUAAGCCCUGGCUUAUUAUAUAAAAACAAUACAGAGAUAAAAAAAUAAAUACAUUUAAAAUUAAAUGGUACAGGUCUGGUACCAGUACCACCACAUUAACAAGUUAGUCUUAAUUCCAUAAAAAAUACAUACCAUGCUCUAAAAAAGUAAAAUAAAAUAAAACACACACAUUACAAAUUCAUCAUGAGCAGGAGAGUGGUAUACAUUUAGAUUAGCCUAUUUUUGCACAAGUAGUAUUAAGAAAUGUUCACUUUUUAAGCUCCUAGUGUAUUAGACCGUUGUUUUUAAGCAUUUAUAAAGUCUGCCACUAUAUAAUACUUUUUAUACAAUGCAACACUUUGCAGCCGAUUAUUUUAAAUGUUUAUGUUCCUAAGAACAUUGUGUAUAUGAACAUUUUUGAUCAGUU